AUGACCACCUGCAGCCGCCAGUUCACCUCCUCCAGCUCCAUGAAGGGCUCCUGUGGCAUCGGUGGCGGCUCCAGCCGCAUCUCCUCUGUCCUGGCUGGAGGCUCCUGCAGGGCCCCCAGCACCUACGGGGGCCUGUCGGUCACCUCCUCCCGCUUCUCCUCUGGGGGAGCCUGUGGGAUGGGGGGCGGCUAUGGUGGUGGCUUCAGCAGCAGCAGCAGCUUUGGAGGGGGUCUAGGUAGCAUCUUCGGUGGAGGAUAUGGAGGUGGUAGCUAUGGCGGUGGCUUCGGCGUUGGCAGUGGUUUGGGUGGUGGCGAUGGGCUCUUGGUGGGCAGUGAGAAGGUGACCAUGCAGAACCUCAAUGACCGCCUGGCCACGUACCUGGACAAGGUGCGCGCCCUGGAGGAGGCCAACACCGACCUGGAAGUGAAGAUCCGAGACUGGUAUCAGCGGCAGCGGCCAGCCGAGACCAAAGACUACAGCCCCUACUUCAAGACCAUCGAGGAUCUGAGAAGCAAGAUCCUCACAGCCACCGUGGACAACGCCAAUGUCCUCUUGCAGAUUGACAAUGCCCGUCUGGCUGCGGAUGACUUCCGCACCAAGUAUGAGACAGAGUUGAACAUGCGCAUGAGUGUAGAGGCCGACAUCAACGGGCUGCGCAGGGUGCUGGAUGAGCUGACCCUGGCCAGAGCCGACCUGGAGAUGCAGAUCGAGAGCCUGAAGGAGGAGCUGGCCUACCUGAAGAAGAACCACGAGGAGGAGAUGAAUUCCCUGAGAGGCCAGGUGGGCGGUGACGUCAACGUGGAGAUGGACGCAGCCCCAGGCGUGGACCUGAGCCGCAUCCUCAAUGAGAUGCGGGACCAAUACGAGAAGAUUGCAGAGAAGAACCGCAAGGAUGCCGAGGAUUGGUUCUUCAGCAAGACAGAAGAGCUGAACCGUGAGGUGACCACAAACAGUGAGCUGGUACAGAGUGGCAAGAGUGAGAUCUCUGAGCUCCGGCGCUCUGUGCAGAACCUGGAGAUCGAGCUGCAGUCCCAGCUCAGCAUGAAAGCAUCCCUGGAGAACAGCCUGGAGGAGACCAAAGGCCGCUACUGCAUGCAGCUGGCCCAAAUGCAGGAGAUGAUUAGCAGUGUGGAGGAGCAGCUGGCACAGCUGCGCUGCGAGAUGGAGCAGCAGAGCCAGGAGUACAAGAUGCUCCUGGACGUGAAGACCCGGCUGGAGCAGGAGAUCGCCACCUACCGCCGCCUGCUGGAGGGCGAGGAUGCCCACCUCUCCUCUGCCCAGUUCUCCACUGGCUCUCAGUCAUCCAGAGAUGUGACCUCCUCCAGCCGCCAGAUCCGCACCAAGGUUGUGGACGUGCACGAUGGCAAAGUGGUGUCCACCCAUGAACAGGUCCUUCGCACCAAGAACUAAGGCUGCACAGCCCUGCUCAGGCUUAGGAGGCUCUGGCGUGGACACAGAUGUGUGGGCACGGUUCUCAUGGAAGAGCCCCUCCUCUGCCCCCAAAUGCUUCACACUUUACCUUUAUCCCUCCU